AUGGCUCACUCAACAUCCAAAUGGUGGCAAGAGCCCAACGAAGCCGACCUCGACUACGGAUUCGAUUCUGACGAACUGGAUACCAGAUAUAACGAGCCUGAUCGAAGCACCUCCCACGAAAAUAACAGCAAACCGAGGGAUACUCAGGACACGAAACAUAACGGUGUGAUUGCAAGCAUGUCUUCUUGGCUCCAUCGCCAGGCUGGUUCGUCCCACGGGCAGCUUGCGACAGCGGCUGUCGUAUCCGGCGCAGCUGUCGCAGGUGCCAUCUUCGGGUACCAGUCAUACAAGCGCAAGGAAGCUGUGCAUGAUCUGAAGGCUUCGAUUCCAAGUCUAGAUGAUUUGAAUCCCGCAGAAAUGCUCACCGAUUUUGGCGCUGCCUCGAAUGGAGUACAGAUGAGCAAGGAAGAUGAACGAAGUGCAGCUUUGGCUCGUAGAGCGCAAAAAGGAGAAUACGAUGAUGAUUUGAUUCUUGAACAGCUUGCCCGAAACCGUGUGUUCCUCGGCGACGAAGGCCUUGCCCAGCUUCGAUCAUCAUUCGUUGUUGUUGUCGGCUGUGGUGGUGUGGGCUCGCAUGCCGCUGCCUCACUAGCUCGAUCGGGCGUGUCCAAAAUCCGACUCAUCGAUUUCGAUCAAGUCACACUCUCAUCACUGAACAGACACGCUCUUGCAACAUUGGCCGAUGUCGGCACACCGAAGGUCCAUUGCAUCCGGAGGCGAUUGGAACAAAUCGCACCUUGGGUCGCCUUCGAUUGUCGGAACGAGCUCUACGGAAAGGCCGCGUCUGAGGAUCUCCUCGGCCCAUGGUCUCUGACACAAGACGGACAGGGCCGUCGACCGGAUUUCGUGCUUGAUUGUAUCGACAACAUUACGUCCAAGGUAGAGUUGCUACACUACUGCCACUCAAACUCCUUGCCUGUGAUUUCGUCGAUGGGCGCAGGAUGCAAGUCGGACCCGACUCGCGUCGUGGUCGGGGACAUCUCGCUCAGCACCGAUGAUCCUUUGUCCCGCAGUACACGCCGCAGACUUAAGCUUCUUGGCGUUUCGUCUGGCGUCGCAGCCGUAUUUUCGACGGAGAAACCAGGCCCGGGCAAGGCUACCCUACUUCCUCUCCCCGAGGAUGAAUUCACCAAGGGUCAAGUUGGUGAGCUUGGAGUUCUUCCCGACUUCCGAGCCCGCAUCCUCCCAGUACUCGGCACUAUGCCUGCGGUGUUUGGUUAUACAGUAGCCAACCACGUUAUCUGCACUAUUACUGGCUACCCGCUUGACUACAAUAUGGGCGCCAAGAGCCGCGAGAAACUCUACGAUACCAUCUUGGGUGCUUUGCUAAACUUGCAUGAAAGAAUGAUUAAGCAAGUCACCGGUCAAGAUACUGUGGGGCUUCGCGUGCCACUCAGCAAGGAUGAUAUUGCAUUCGCUGUGGAAGAAGUAUACCGGGGGAAGAGUUCAAUCAGUGGCUUGUCUAACAGACUGGCUCUCGUUCCUUGGCAAACUCCUGCCCACGGAUGGAACAUGGAUCUAAGCCUUGAGAAAGAGGGACAAAAGACUAUCCCGAUGGAUAUCAAUGACAUGGUUUGCAUGACCAAGGAGGAAGCACUCCACCACGAGAAAGAGGUGCUCAAGGGUGGCAAGAAGGUGGAAGAGGUAUAUGGCGAGGCUGUGCUCCAGCGUGUAAACCUGCGCAGGCGGGAAGCAGAGGAAGCCCCUGGAGGUUCCGAACACGCCUUAAGCUCCCCCGCGGAUGACAUGAAAUCCCCGGGAUGGGCCAAAAUGACUCUCUCGGUAGCUUUCGUGCCGCGCUUCCGGCACAUUCUGAUCUACGGCGCGUUGUUUAUAUUCGCCUGGGUCGGUUGGCGAAUGCUACUUUCUCCCCAACUACAAGACCAAAACUCGCACUUGCAUUCGUCCCCUCACCUCGACGGCUUGGUUCACGUUCGUACACUGGACCCAGACCUGGUGCCUGGGGAUAUGCCAAAAGGGGAUUUGGGGCAAACGAGUCGGAAACGGCUAAUAUUUGUGGGAGAUGUGCACGGCUGCAAAGAUGAGUUGGUGCAACUUCUUGAAAAAGUCUCCUUCAACCCAAAAGGUGGCGAUCACCUUGUAUUUGUCGGUGACAUGAUCAACAAAGGACCAGACAGCAAAGGGGUCGUGGACUUAGCUCGGGAGCAUUCGGCAUCCAGUGUCCGCGGGAACCACGAGGACCGGAUUCUGCUUCUCCGACAAGAGAUGGUGAAGACCAAAACUCUCACAACCCCCGAUGAGGGUAGGUACUCUGGUUUCUCGUCUAGAGAACUAGCCGAGCGUGCACUCGCACGGUCUUUGAGCGAAGAGCAAGCUCAGUGGCUGGAGAACUGUCCAAUGAUCCUGAAUGUGGGCCAAAUUCCAGGCAUGGGCCAGGUGGUUGUCGUUCAUGCGGGACUAGUACCGGGCAUUGAGCUUGAGAAGCAAGACCCGUCCAGCGUGAUGACUAUGCGGACCAUUGAUUCUGAUACAAAUGAACCCAGCCCGAAAAAGAAAGGCUCGAAUUGGGCUAAAAUGUUCGAUAAACACCAAGCGAAACUAUACUUGAGCCUCGAGACUUCAACCGAUGAUCCCCUUGCAAACGCCAUGACUGUUGUCUAUGGCCACGAUGCUUCUACCUCUCUUUCUAUCCGCACAUUCACAAAGGGUCUUGACUCAGGUUGUGUGACGGGAGGAAAGCUCACGGCUUUGGUCAUAGAGGACGGUGGAAAGCAAAGUAUUGUACAGGUAUCGUGUCAUGGCUACUUCAAGGGAUGA